CUGACAAGUGACAAUGACAAAUAUCCAAGCAAAAAAUCUAUUGAUAUUCGAUCAUUGAAAAGAUUAUUUUCAUAAUAAUUAAUGUAACAUUGUGAAAUAUACCAUACAUUAAACAAAAACAUCUAAAUAUUUUAUUGAUUAACUCAAGGAAAAGUUACAAUUAAGUACUUUAUUAUAGUUGUGAUACACACGAAAUUCUUAAUAAACUGGCUCCGAUGUAGUAACAAGAAGAAAUAAUAAAUAAUUUCUCUUAAUUAUGGCUAUUGUGAAAACUCCUGUUCUUAAAGUUAUUUUGUGCGGUGAAUAUGGAGUUGGCAAAAGCUCUAUAUUCCGUCGAUUUAUUAAUAACACUUUCCUUCCAAAUUCGGACCGAAGAUCGACCUUAGGAUUAGACCAUUUUGAAAAAUUGUAUCAAGUUGGGGAUAAGGAAGUCAAGUUACAGUUAUGGGAUACUGGUGGAAUGGAAAGAAUAGCCUCAGUUACAUCCAGCUACUAUAAGUUUGCAGAAGCUGCAAUUUUAGUAUUUUCCUUGGACAACAUCUCAUCUUUUCAUGUAUUAAGUCAACAUUUGUUGGACAUAGUUACUUAUGCAGAGAAUGCCAAAAUUUACUUGUGUGGAAAUAAAUCUGAUCUUGAAGGAAAUUCUCCUCAAGUCACUGAUGCUGAUAUUGAAGCAUUUUGUGAACAAUGUCACAAUCUAAUCAGUAGCAUUUACAAAACAUCAUGUAAAACUGGAAAAGGUCUAGAAGAAAUGUUUAGUGACAUUGCUUUACAACUUGUGGAAUCAAAUCGAUCGAGAAUUGAAUUACAAGCGUUAGAUCACAACAGUUUUAAAAUUUCACAGCCUGAACCUCAAGAUGAGCCAUCAUGCAGUUGCUGACUGCAUUGUGAUUUACUUGAAUGCUGAAUCUCUGUUGUACCUUUUUAUAAAGAUUUAUAGGAGUAAAAUAGCUGUGAGAACAGAUGUUUAUAUGCAACACAUUUUGUCAACUGCUUUAAAAUUUGUUUUAACACAAUCAUAUGUUAUUUUAAGGUUGUUAAGGUUGUCUAUAAAAUUACAGUGAUUAUUUUGUAUUUUUUUUAAAGGUUGUAUUUCAGUAUUAUACUUAGAAUCAGGUGCAGAUACAAAGUGCUGUGUACUAAAAACAAAUGUGCUUUGUAUCUUAUUUUAUAAUACAAAACACAUUUGUUAAUUUUUUUUGUACAUGUUAAUUAAAAGAUUGUAAUGCUUUAAAACAUUUUAUUUUACAUAAUUUCUACUUAUGUAGUGUAUUUAUUAA